UCCAGCACCACCUUUUUUCCUCUCAUGCAAUACCAAAACUGACCCUGCCUGGCAGAGGGACUCUGCUAGGCGAGCACAGCGGUGCCCACAUCGCCGGCACACGGCGGGAGCCGGCUCUCCCCUCCAGCCUCCGCAGCCCCUCCGGGGCAUCAUUGCUGCAAGUUCCCCAGCGGCAGGCGCCGGGGCUGGGGUGACUUCUCUGAGAGCCGGGGAGCGGUCGCUGCCCCCAGGCUGUCCCUUUGUCCGGGCCCGGCGGGGGCAGUGGGGCAGCGGCGAGGGAGAACCGUCCCCGGAGGGCAUUUCCCGGAGGCAGCGGGGCCAGGACCCGGCAGGAAAUGGAAGGAUGAAGUGUGCAGCCGGAGCGGUGAUGUUCCUUCUCUCCUUGCUUUCCCCUGCAGGAACGUAAUCCGCAAUGCUAGUUCUCAGGUUGCUCAAUGUUGUUGCUCCAGCCUACUUCUUGUGCAUCUCCCUAGUGACCUUCGUCCUCCAGAUCUUUCUCUUCAUCCCCAGCAUGUUCAGAGACCUUUCCACCACCCCACUUUUCUCUCCUGCUCUGCUGCAUGGGGCCCUCUUCCUCUUCCUCUCAGCUAAUGCCCUGGGCAACUACAUUCUUGUGAUCCAGAGCUCCCCCGAGGACUUGGGCAAGGGCUUAAACUUGGGCGAAGGAGUCGAAAUGAUGGCAGACUGGCUGGACGGAAGCAGGUCCCCCGGCUCAGCCUUACCCAGCACGCACUUCUGUAGACUAUGCGCCAGAGUCACCCAGAGGCAUGACCACCACUGUUUCUUCACAGGAAACUGCAUCGGGAGCAGGAACAUGAGAAACUUCAUCAUGUUCUGCCUCUAUACCUCUCUGGCUUGUCUUGACUCCCUCGUGACAGGCAUGGUUUACAUUUCUGCUGCACUCUCCAUGUCCUUUGCAAACCCACUGGCCUUCCUCACUCUUCUGCCUCACUCCAUCAGCCAGUUCUUCUCAGGUGCUCUCCUUAGCUCUGAGAUGUUUGUCAUCCUCAUGCUCUACCUCUGGCUUGGGAUCGGACUGGCCUGUGCUGGCUUCUGCUGCCACCAGAUGCUGCUGGUCCUGCGUGGGCAGACAAGGUACCAGGUGCGGAAAGGGAUGGUGGUAAGAGCCCGGCCCUGGAGGGAGAAUCUGCAAGAGGUCUUUGGUAAGAGGUGGCUGCUAGGACUUUUCAUCCCUGUGCUGAACGUCGGAAGUGACUACCGUAGGCAGAAAGAGAAAUAAAACCCCAGGCAUGUUUGUGCAUCCUGUGCACACACCACCUCCCCUGUUCUCUCCCACUGCCUCCUGGAUCACUAAAGAGCUGGGCUACUCCAUCUCUUGGGAUUGCAGCCUCUGUGGGAGGAAAGGACUGGCUAUCAAACUGAAUAAAUCUAGCAUAUUAACAAGGAGAUCACAAACCAUGUAGAUGAAGAGAUACUGCAGCUUAGUAGUCACAUCACUGCACCUGCGUAUGUGGCAACAGUCUUUGAACUAGCAGAGAAAUUAGUCAGACCCUCCUGUGGAUUCCCGCCUGACUCCUCCAGCCCCCAGCCCCCAUUAGCCACCCUAUAUAGUCCCUAACAAACUGCAGCAGGAGCUUUCAGAGGGCCUGGGCUGUUGUGGUAGACUGCAAAAAUGGUGUCUGUUCCUUGGGAGGGUUUUGCAGGGUGCCUUUUUGGCUUUUCUGUACUUGAGGUAACUUCACACUACUGAGAAGCCUUUAAUGACGGAACUGCAAUGCAAUCAAGCCGCCCUAGGUGUAGGCUAUGCACAUAGCUAAGGUGGCAGGUAACCUUCUCUCCACAGGCUAGAAAAGCAGGAAGAAAACAAAGAGAAAUUCAGAAUUUCUCAUUUCUGUCCUUGAUCUGCUGCCUUUGCAGUGAUAUGUCAGGACUGUAGCACUGCUACUUAUUUUUAGCAGUACUUUGCCCAAUGACACAGCACAGACAGAGCUGCCCUUCUGACAGGGAGCAGCAAGCAGAUAAAUCAUGAUCAGACAGAGGCACAAGGAGAGGAAACCACAGAGGUGAAUGAAAAGGCUGUGCCUGAGAAGCAGUGUGAUGAGGCAGGCUAUGCAUCCCUGAGAGAGACAGGGGGACAUGUGGACACAGAGUGAGCUGGCAGGAGGGUGCUGAGAGCUCUGCUGAUGUAUCUGAGCCCUGACACAUCACUCUCUUGCAGGGGGCACCUGCACCAUUAGUGCUGUGAGGAGUUCAGAAUCCCAGAAGACAGGGAAGAUUUUCAGCUGGUCAGGAUGCUUCACUUUGCACUAAAACAAACAAAAAAGUGUCUACAUUGGACAUCCCCACCACAUCGUAUUUAUAGGCUCUCCAGGGCAGUUCCCUCUUGCAUUGCUGCAGUGGGGCAAAUUUGUCCAUAUUAUGACUCCAUUAAGGAGGUUAAUGGAAUUACUAUAGAGAUUAAUCAGCCUAAUGUGUCAGUUGUUUUCUAGCUGCAGCAACAGCCCAUGAGAUCAGUGCUGAGAUCCUAUGCUAAUAGGUGCCUUAAGAAAGGAUAGCAUGACAUCUCUACCAGGAUCAUAGCGCUGGAUUGACCAGCAGCUGCAACAAGAAGCCUGUUUUGGUGAACUGCAUCAGCUUAUGCAGGCUAGAUAGGAAUCCAUUGCUUCUCUUUAAUAGGCUGGGGAGUGUGCUGGCAAGCCGUGGAAAAUGUUAUUUCUUCCUCAGAAAUAUUCUUGGUGCAUCUCAGGUAGGGGAAUGCACCUGCUUUCAUCCUUGUGUUUCUCACAAGCCAGAACAGAGGCAGUCAUUCCUACAGGCCUUGUAGCCAUCCUUCAGCGCUUUGCACUUGUAUACUCAUUUGGAUACGUAACAAACAAAGUCUGUGGUGAUGAGCAGAGCAACCAUGAAUAUAUACCCGAAAAACCCUUAGCUGGAUAAUCAAAACAUGUAGGAUAUACAUCCUUCCAUACUGUGUGUGUUCGCAUGAAUGCACCAUUGUUUCCAUGUGUAAUAUGCCGUAUUUUCACUAGCAGUGAACAAUAAAAAGUGUUCUGAUUUUUCACAUGGGUUAUACUGUGCUUUUUGACAGUUCAUUAGCUGUCUCUGUACAUUUGUUAUUGCAUACAGAUGGACAGGUUGCAAGAAAAAACUAGCAUUUGUUUAUUGGUUUUGCCAAUGAUUCAUCAUAUGAUUUUGAACAAGUCCCUUCAGCCUUCCUAACUUAAUGUAAUGAACAAUCUAAAAAUGCAUCUAACAACGAACCUACCGAUCCAUUCUAAUUCCUAUUUAUAAACUACACUAUCAACAUCAGCUGAAAUCUAGACAAAAAUUAAGCUAUUAUCAUUGCCCACAAACAGCAUCUCGAUGUAGAUUAUUCCCUGCCAGUGCAAUGGCAUCAAGGUGAGCAGACAGUCACCUUGUAGCUGGAACCGGAGCCAGUGUCUCAUGCCAUACACCUCUCGUUGGAAGGAUUCCCAGGAUUGUUCUUGUUCCACAGACUGGUUGAUGCAACAUCUUUUUCAUCUCUUUCUGAAGGCAACAGUCUCCCAGCGUUUCAUCCAGCAUCUUCCUCAUGUCAGCAGAAAUGAUGGUUUGACACCUUCACCCUCUGCUUUUGGCAUUUGCUGGACACUGGAGUCUCGGGCAGCCCAUGGCACUCAGUGUCUGCCUCCACGCUGCCUCAGGCUGCAAAGCUCUUCGGGGCCGCAUGCUGAGAAGGGAACAACCAACUCUGAGUUUUGGUGGGCCACUCUGCAAGGACAGCCUCCAUGUAGGACAACAGGGCUAGCUGUCCAUGAAGCCUGUUGCCUCUUCAUACCAAGGUUGGAUCCUGCCUGUCCCUGUGUCAGGGUUGCAGCUAUCUGCACUCACUGCCAAGCCUUGAUACUGCUAAAGCACAGUGAGAUCCCAAUUUGAGUAACUGCAGCACAGUUCCCCGCAAUUAUUCUUUCUGUCAGACAUCUGUGUUCCUGGCUGUAAAUUGCUGCAUCGUCAUCUUAUGCAGCUAAAUAGUUAUUCUGCAGCAAAUUAUUUUAUUUCAUCAGUAGUGGUGGGAUUUUCAGAUGUAUACAACCUUAACAGUUAUGAUCCUCUGGGAUGAAAAGAGCUCUAAAAAUGUAACAUUACAGUGACCUUGUAUAUUGGCUGAUUUUUCUGCACAUUCCCAAGCGUGUGGAAUGCCCUGUUUGGAGUAGAGGUUCUGCAGGAACAGUUGAGAGUAGCUCUUUAAUUGAUCAGCUGCCCUGACAUCCCUUCCUCGUCAUACGUGUAGAGCCACUUACAGAAAAUGUAGCAGGGCUCAGCAACUGUGAACAGAACCCCUCCUCUUUGCUAUGACUUAGUAUAUGAAGGUUGAACACAAUGGCAAUGUCACAAAUUCUAAAUCUGUUUAAUAGCUCUAAAGUUUUAUAUGGAUAAAUAAUAAAAGCUUCCCAUUUUCUGUGCUUAGAUAUCCAUUAUUUAUUAGAUGCAUUUUAUUAAAUAGCAGUUACAAUAGUAAAUAUAUCUUGAAGCAUGAUUUCUUGUGACAAUGUCUAAAUACUUAUAAAGGUUUUAAAAAUAAAACACUUAGGGCUUCUCUGG